UGCUGUUGCCGCUGCCGCCAGGCCCUCAAGAAGAGCAGAAGGCGGGCUGUGAGGGGCCGCUCUCCACCGCCGCCAUGCUGAACAUCUUCCGCUCCAUUCCCACGCAGAUGGACUACAAGGGCCAAAAAUUAGCAGAACAGAUUUUUCAAGGGAUCAUUCUUGUCUCUGCAAUUAUUGGUUUUAUCUAUGGAUACAUCACUGAACAGUUUGGAUGGACUGUCUACAUAGUUAUGGCUGGAUUUGCUUUAUCAUGCUUGCUAACACUGCCUCCAUGGCCCAUGUACCGCCGCAACCCUCUGAAGUGGCUCCCUGUCCAGGAUUCUGGAACAGAAGAGAAGAAGCCAGCUGACAGAAAGCCAAAGAGACAUAGUAAAAGCUAAA